AAGAAAGUUCACGAUCACGACAAUCCGCAACGCCAAACAAUCGACAACCACCCUUCCCUCACCCUUCAAUCAAAAACUUGAGCAAUGGGCCGUCUUCACAGCAAAGGAAAGGGCAUUUCGUCCUCUGCCAUCCCAUACUCCCGCACUCCUCCUGCGUGGCUCAAGACUACUCCCGAGCAAGUCGUCGACCAAAUCUGCAAGCUCGCCAAGAAGGGUGCAACUCCAUCCCAGAUCGGUGUUGUCCUCAGAGACUCUCACGGUAUCGCCCAGGUCAAGGUUGUUACUGGUAACAAGAUUCUCCGAAUCCUCAAGUCCAAUGGCCUCGCACCUGAGAUCCCAGAGGACCUCUACAUGUUGAUCAAGAAGGCCGUUGCCGUCCGCAAGCACCUCGAGCGCAACCGCAAGGACAAGGACUCCAAGUUCCGCCUCAUUCUCAUCGAGUCCCGUAUCCACCGUCUCUCUCGCUACUACAAGACAGUCGGUGUUCUCCCACCAACCUGGAGAUACGAGAGCGCCACUGCCAGCACCAUGGUCGCAUAAACGUGAUUAUUACUUACGAUGGUUGCUAUUUGGCAUGGAGUUGGGAUGCGGGACAUUUGCAUUAAGGGCUGAUCUGUUACGACAGACUUGUUGGUAGCAUAAAGACUGCACAGCAAAAUCAAAUCUCAAACACUCCAGGACAUGAAUUUGUGCCAUU